AACCACGUGAUACCCCUCUGCACACGCGCGUCAAAUGUGAUGCUAGCUUCACUAGCUUCUGGUUUAUGGACACGUUCGACAGCCAGACAGCACCAUGUCUGACGAAGAAGGUUUUAAAAUCAACACCGAAUUCGCGAAGAAAUAUGACACUUACAGACAGAAGGAAGAACUGCAGAGGCUAAAAGAUCGAUAUGGAGACCGAGAAGUGGACGAUGACUCCGAUUCUUCCGAAUCCAGUUCGGAUGACAGCGAAGUGGAGUUGGAUCCAGAGGUUGAAAGGGACUUUUACAGGACGUUGUCACUUUUGAAGAAGAAAGACCCGAAGAUCUAUCAGAAGGAUGUGAAAUUCUACUCAGAUGCACCCAGCACCGAUGUGAAACCGUCAACCUCCAAGUCAAAAGUGAAGCCCAUGUACCUGAAGGACUAUGAGCGUAAAGUCAUACUGGAGAAGGAAGGAAAAUAUGACGACGAGGAGAGCGACAGUGAUGAAGAGGAGGCAGCCAAAAGACGAGAAAGGGCCUCUUCCCCCAGCUACAUUCAAGAGCAGAACCAGUUAAAAGCAAGUUUCCAAAAGUUCAUCCAAGACAGCGAUGAUGAUGACGGCGCCGACGACAGUGGGGAAGGAGGAGUGUCCCAGCUGCUAACUAGGAGGAUGAAGACACAGGAAGAAAAGGACAAAGAGGAGGCAGACUAUGUGGAGUGGCUCAAAGGGCAAGGUGAUUUGGACCGACCUGAAGAGGUGAAGGACAUGAAAUACCUACGAGACUACUGGAAUGACCCGCAACUGGACGAGAAGGAAUGUUUCCUCCGAGACUAUGUUCUAAACAAACGCUACAAAGAUGAUGAUGACGACGACGAAGAUGACGAGAGGAUCCCGACUUACGACGAAGUGGUUCAGGACGAUGUGGAUGAUUCUGAAGAGGAAGGCGAGACGUUCUUGGAGCAACAGCAGAGCUUCGAGCGAAGCUACAACUUCCGUUUUGAGGAGCCCGAUGCUCAUCAGAUCAAGACCUACCCUCGCAACAUUGCCACCUCGGUGCGCUCCAAAGACGAGCGCAGAAAACGCAAAAGGGAGGAAGUGAAGUUAAGGAAGAAUAUGGAGAAACAGCAGAAACGGGAGCAGCUGAAGCAACUGAAGAACUUAAAGCGAAACGAGAUCGUGGAGAAGCUGAAGACGCUUCAGGCGCUCACUGGCAAUGACGAUCUGGCUUUUAGUCAGGCUGAUCUGGACGGAGACUUUGAUCCACAACAUCAUGACCAGCUCAUGCAGAAAUUCUUUGGGGAUAAUUACUACGAAGAGCAAGAAGAGGAGAAGCCUCAGUUUGAAGACGACAAUCAACUUGAGGAGCACUGGAACUGGGACAAAUGGACGGGAGAAGGGCAAGAAGAAACAUAUGAAGACGAGGCGGGCUAUGAUGCCCCUGAGCCGCACUGUGAUGACCAGGAUUUCAUUAUGGAUGCCGACUAUGACCCCAGCCAGCGCAGCGUGUCUAAAAAGGAGAGGAAGAAAUUGAAGAAGGCGGAUAUACCUCAAAUGGGCAAGAAGAAAAAGAAAUCUCACUUUGCAGAACUAGUCACAAAAACCAAGCCCGUGUUCGAUCCUCAGGAGAAGAGCUUUGAGCAGUACCUGGAUGAAUACUACAAACUGGACUACGAGGACAUCAUCGACGACCUCCCGUGCAGGUUUCGUUACAGGGAGGUCCUGCCCAAUGACUUUGGUCUCUCCACUGAUGAGAUCUUGAGUGCUGAUGAUAAGGAUCUCAAUCGAUGGUGCUCUCUGAGGAAGACCUGCAUGUUCAGAUCUGACCAGGAGGAGAAAAAUGAUUUGAGGAACUACAAAAUGAAAUCGCGGAAUUUUAAGAAGAAAAAAGAAAUAUUGGUUUCUUUGUUUUCUGAAAAAGAUAAUGAGGUGGCACAUGCAAAACCCACGAUGGGAAAGAAGCGACGCGAUCGUGUGAAAAACGCCGAAAGGCACAACAGAGAAGCCGAGGACAGCGGCACAGCCUCUCUGAUGGACACGUUGGAUGAGACCGCCCAACCUCUUCGGCAGUUUGGGUCUGAUGUAGAUGAGGAACCAGAGGAGGAGUUUCUCAAGAAAAAGAUCAAACGAGAAGAGGAGAAACCCAAGCCAAUUCCUGCCAAUGAAGAAGAGGUUCAGGUUGAAGAUGAAGCUGAGACCAAAUUGGCCAAGAAGAAGCAGAAGCAAUCAGGGGCACGCGGCAAACCAGGAUCGGCCGGGGUGAAAAUUGGAGGUCAGGAGUUUAGCAAACAGAGACUGAAGGCGUACGGUUUGAACCCGAAGAGACUGUUCUUCAGACAGCUUGGAAGGCAAAAACGGAAAGAUCAAGCGAAGAAAGAGAAGCAGAAACAAAAACAAUGCUAACAGUCACUAAAAAGGAAACUGCAGCAGUAGCCUACAUUUCAUGGUGCAAAUGUGUUGACAUUUACUUUUCCACUUUUACGUCACCUUUAUUAAUAAAAGAGCAAUGCAAUGUGGAA